AGGUCCGCAGGGGCUUUUCUUCUUUUUUGCUGCCUUAGCUGUGGACUAGGUCGACAGAAAAGCGCUGCGUGUCCCGAUCGACAGGCCCCUGACAGCCGGAGGUUUGGCUCUUAAAUUCAGGACGCGGAGCCCUUGACUCCCUGCCUGCCCUUGGCUGACUCCCGUCGCUGGACCUAGGCGUGUGCUGACCCAGCUUCCGGGUCACGGUUCCAGGGAGUUGACCCCAUUUGGCCAUUUCCUGGAAGAGCCCCACCCCAAGGGUGAGUGGCCAAUGGGAAGCUGUUUCUGCUGUUGACGUCAGUCACCUAGGAAGUGCUCAGGCGUCGUCUCUGCCCAUGUCUGCCCAACUGAAGAUGGCUCAUGCCCACCCUGGGAUGGAGCCCAGUGCCUGAGGUCCUUAUCAUGGUGAUGAUCCUGAGUAAAAGCCUCGGCAACCAGGGAGCUGACUCCAUAGCGUGCAGGACCCUCCACCCUGAACUGCACACGCCAAAGAAGAUGAGUCAAGGAACCACACUUUUCUCUUGUGGAAUUAUGGAAAAUGACAGAUGGCGAGACCUGGACAGGAAAUGCCCUCUUCAGAUUGACCAACCAAGUGCCAGCAUCUGGGAAUGCCUGCCCGAAAAGUGUCAGGACAGCUCACUGUGGCACCGGGAGGCGGUGACCGCCUGUGCCGUGACCAGCCUGAUCAAAGACCUCAGCAUCAGCGACCACAACGGGAACCCCUCAGCGCCCCCCAGCAAGCGCCAGUGCCGCUCUCUGUCCUUCUCCGAUGAGAUGUCCAGCUGCCGGACAGCAUGGAGGCCCUUGGGCUCCAAAGUUUGGACGCCUGUGGAAAAGAGGCGCUGCUACAGCGGGGGGAGCGUCCAGCGCUAUUCCAACGGCUUCAGCACCAUGCAGAGGAGCUCCAGCUUCAGCCUCCCUUCCAGGGCCAACGCGCUCUCCUCGCCCUGCGACCAGGCGGGACUCCAGCCUCGCUUCGGUGGGCCUCCCUGCCAAGGGGUGCCAGGCUCAGCCCCCUGUGGACAGGCGGGCAGCACCUGGAGCCCUGACCCGCACCCCGUGGGAGGGGGCCGGCUGGACCUGCAGCGGUCCCUCUCCUGCUCGCAUGAGCAGUUUUCCUUCACGGAGUACUGUCCACCCUCAGCCAACAGCACACCUGCCUCAACGCCAGAGCUGGCGAGACGCUCCAGCGGCCUGGCUCGCAGCCGCUCCCAGCCGUGUGUCCUUAACGACAAGAAGGUCGGCGUGAAGCGGCGGCGCCCUGAGGAAGUGCAGGAGCAGAGGCCUUCCCUAGACCUUGCCAAGAUGGCACAGAACUGCCAGACCUUCAGCAGCCUCAGCUGCCUGAGCGCCGGGACAGAGGACCGCGGCCCCGGGAGCCCCUUCGCCCUCCACAGCAGCGCCCGGGCCUGGACCGCCCUGCUCUCGGCCUCUGGCCCCGGGGGCAGGACCCCUGCUGGGACCCCCGUGCCCGAGCCUCUCCCCCCCUCCUUCGAGGACCACCUGGCCUGCCAGGAAGACCUGUCCUGCGAGGAGUCGGACGGCUGCACCCUGGACGAGGAUCACGGCCGGAGGGCGGAGCCGGCCCCAGCCUGGCGGGACCGUGGGGCCCCCGGGAACAGCCUCUGCUCCCUGGACGGUGAGCUGGACAUUGAGCAGAUCGAGAACAACUGAGGGGG